CGGGCAAGCUGGCCACCGCGCGCACGACCACAGAGGGCGCGCUGCAGACCGCCGAGAACCCCGAAGCGGAGUCGGACGCCCCCGGAGGGAAGCAAUGAGGUAGCGGCAGUCCCCGGAGCUGACGAUGCGCGCGUACUGCCCUCGGAGCCCCGCGCUACCCUGGCCAAGCCGGCCGAGCGCGAGUCCCCGGUGUCCCCUCGGAGCGAGGAUGCAGUGAGCCGCGGGACUCCUGUGCCUGGCCCGCCGCGGCCAGCCGGACCAUUCGGAACGCACUUAGGGCAAGCUGCUUGCUUAUUCCAGGACCAGCCCAGUCGAGGGGCUCGCCCUCUCCCGCACCCACUGAGGGUGGGGAACACCGGCUCCUGAGCGCACUGCUGUAGUUUCCGCGGCUCCUGGCCCUGGUCCAGGACUUGUGUGUGUGUCACGUUCGCUGAAGAAGAGUUCCUGCUUAUUCUCUCACCACCCCGGGUGCUUUGGCCGAGCCCCCCGCCCCCGCUUCUAUUUAUUUGCACGUACUCAUACGUUUUUUUUCUAAAAUAUUUUCCACACCUCUCUCUUUUAUUUUGUUGCUUGUCUGAGACUUUUGUACUGGUCCUCCUCAUCUAGGCUUCUGUUAAAAAAAAUCUCUCUGUCUCUUCCUAUCCCCCAUCCCCGCACACUCAAAGCUGAAUAUAUUUUUCUUUUUCUAAUAUUCUAUACCCCUCUCCCCGACUCGCUGCGGGGUUCUCAAGCACUAUCUGGCCCCUGCUGCCUCCAUCUCUCCCUGUCCCCGCUGUGCUCCCAGCUAGAGUUUUAUUUUCCGGGCUUGCCCGGGCCAAGCGCAGCCGGGGCUGGUGGCCCUGCGGGGUUCGCACCCCGCGCUCGGCCGCCGCCGCCCAGCCUCUCCCGGGCGUCCUCCGGAGAUGCUGCCUUGGAAGAAGCACAAGUUCGAGCUGCUGGCCGAGGCGCCACCGCGGCAGGCGUCCAAGCCGAAGGGCUACGCUGUGAGCCUGCACUACUCUGCACUUAGCUCCUUGGCUAGGGCCUGCCCGGAAGGCGCGCUCAGCCGGGUGGGCAGCAUGUUCCGUUCCAAGCGCAAGAAGCUGCACAUCACCAGUGAGGACCCCACUUACACCGUGCUCUACCUGGGUAAUGCUACCACCAUCCAGGCUCGCGGCGACGGUUGCACGGACCUAGCGGUGGGCAAGAUCUGGAGCAAGAGCGAGGCAGGCCGUCAAGGCACGAAGAUGAAGCUGACGGUGAGCGCUCAAGGCAUCCGCAUGGUGCACGCCGAGGAGCGAGCGCUGCGGCGCCCGGGCCACCUAUAUCUGCUGCACCGCGUCACCUACUGUGUGGCAGACGCGCGGCUGCCCAAAGUCUUCGCCUGGGUGUACCGGCAUGAGCUGAAGCACAAGGCGGUUAUGCUACGCUGCCACGCAGUGCUGGUGUCCAAGCCAGAGAAGGCUCAGGCCAUGGCCCUACUGCUCUACCAGACGUCUGCUAACGCUCUGGCAGAGUUUAAACGUCUAAAGCGGCGGGACGAUGCGCGUCACCAGCAGCAGGAGCUGGUGGGUGCACACACCAUCCCGCUAGUGCCGCUGCGUAAGCUGCUCUUGCACGGACCUUGCUGUUACAAGCCGCCAGUGGAGCGCAGUCGGAGCGCUCCCAAGCUAGGCUCUAUCACCGAGGACUUGCUCGGGGAACAGCAGGAGGAGGAGCUGCAGGAGGAAGAAGAGGAGCACCUCGAGGGCUGCCUGGAGGAGGAGGAAGAAGAGGACCGUGUGGGGGAUGGGGACCCCGCAGAGGAAGAAGCUGAGGCGCAGAGGGCGCUGGUUGUGGCUAUGCACUUGGAAUGUGGGGACUUGCUGGACCCGCUGGAGAAUGGCCACGAGGAGGCGUUGGGGGGCAGCGAAGUCUCGCUGGGUCCCAGCUCUGGAACAUCACCGCCUUUGCCCGGCUGUGCCUCCGACAUGAAGGCCCAGCUGUCGCAGCUUAUUAGUGAUCUGGGCGACCUUAGUUUUGGCAAUGAUGUGCGCACCCUGGAGUCCGAUUUAAGGGUGACACGCCUGCUGUCGGGCGAGAGCACGGGCAGUGAGAGCUCCAUCGAGGGCGGAGGCCUGGAUGCCGCCUCCGCCACCUCUAGCAACCCGUCAGGAGAGAGCACCAGCCCAGAUGAGCCCUACUCCGGCUAAGCUCCCAGAAAACUCCGUGCGCCUGGCACCCCACAGUGGCUCCCCAGCCGUAGUACUACUCCCCCUAACCUCCAGGAAAGGGAAAUUUAUGCACCUGAGGUCCAGACCUGAGUCUGGAGUUCCCGGGGGCUGUGUCUCUCCCAAUUUGCUCCAGCACUUUUGGCUUUGAGAUGGUUCAGGAGAGCGAGGCGCUACAAUCGAAAGAUAGACAGGCCCUCCGAGGUGGGUGAGGAUUCGGAAGAGGGAAAGGGAAAGGGGGCUGAAGUUGGAAAAGGCCAAGGGCAGGCUAGAGGUGCUCAGCAGCCAGUUUCCUGUUUGUGAGGCAGCUGGGGCUUGGGAAGGAGGGGUAACUUCCUCUCCAGACCCCUUGUCUGGGAGGCCUCUUUCUGUCAUCAAUAUCUCAUUAACAAAGUCAUAUUGGAGGCUUUGCUGGCACUAGCUUACCUGCCCCCAGUUCUUUUGGAUUUGAGAGCUUGGGCUGUUUACCUCAGACUCAAAACUCUUGAAAGUAUGCCAAAUUUCUCAAAUAAUUGUACUGGGGAGGGCAAGGUAUGGAAGUUGUGUUUUGUUUACAGUUAAAGACAUCUAAUAUCUUAAAAAAAGGAAUUUUCUUUUAGAAAUACACGCCUUCCUCCUGUCCCAAAGAGCAUACAUACUCCAUGAUGCUGUGUAAAAUAUUUUUGCACCUUUGUGAAGUACUUUUGACUUUUUUUUUUUUGUACAUAACUGUUGUUCUUGGAGCUGAAUGUUUAUAUAUCUUUUGCUGUGCAAAAGACAGCUGUAAAAUGUUGUUCAGUUGUAUAUACAGAAAUGUGUAUAAAACAUUUUGUUAUUUUUUGAGCAGCAUUGUUUUGGUUCUGUUUGCAUGUCAGUGGGGUGAGAAUAAAGAGGAAAAGCUGCCAGAACA